AUGGACGCAGGAAUUGUUGUGCCCGUGCUGAAUCACAAUGAUUCCUCACCAGCAGAGGCCUUCUACCGCACCAGCUUGAUGGCGUUAAUGCAUGCUACUGGAGGAUCAUCACAUGAAUUUUAUAAUAAUCCUUCUUCUUGGCUUUCAGUAAACUCAUCUUCAAAUUCAACACACUCCGAUGCCAAUGUUACGUUUCUUCUCUUCAUGACCUCUUUAUCUGCAACUAUUGAAGUAGUUAUUGCGUGCAGUAUUGGAGCAGUUCUAGUUUUUGUGGGUGUCUUAACCCCGGAACGUGUUCAAUUUAUGAGCAAACUUAUAUUCACUGUUUUCAGUCCGACAUUCAAUUUACAUGCCUUGUCUCGUGCGAUUAGUAUUGAGGCUCUUUCUCAUUUAUGGAUGUUGCCAAUCAUCAACCUCAUACAAACCAUCGUAGGAAAUAUAAUUGGAAGAAUUGUUUUUUUCAGAAAGUUUUGGAGAGGAACAUUAAGUUACGAACAACAACAGGUCCAACAUGUUACACAAACAUUUAACAACGGAGUUACAUUACCUUUAGUGUUUAUGAGUGCUAUUUGCAAAAUUUCAGCUGGAGGAGUAUUGUUUGAUAUUGAUGUAGACAAGGCUGUUGAGCAAGCAAUUGCUUAUAUUAAUGUGUAUACUUUACCUUCAAUAUUCUUGUUCUGGAGCUACGGUCUAACUGCAUUAUCCCCUCCCAAGAAAGAAGAAGGUAAAAUUUCCUUACCAAUUCGCAAAGAAAUUUCUGAACAUGCUGAAAUGAUGAAACAUCAUGAGGACAAUGAAAGUGUGGAAACAGGAGAGAUACAUCAUUUUGACCAAAAUCAUCAGGAAUUUGAAGAAAGUUCACAAAGCAUUGAAAUGAAAGAGCAUAUCGAAAGCCCUCAUCACACGGAGGCGCACGGCACCAAUGAAGAAAUGAAUCAUCACUUCGAAGACGCAAGCACACAUGAAGAAUCAGGAGUUUUGCAAGAUUUGGAGUCACCAAGCACUUCCAAUCAACGCUCAUUUUUUGAGAAAUGCAAAGAUUUUUACAAUGGUGACAGGAUGAAACGGGCAAGGUUUAUUCUUAAACAAACCAUCAAUGCUCCUGUGAUUGCAUUAUUCUUAGGAACUAUUAUCGGACUAAUUGAACCUGUGAAAACUUUUUUAAUUACCAAUCCACCAAUGAUCGUUAGUGCAUUCGUACAUACAUUGACACUUUUUUCUAGCGCGAUUUUCCCUAUUUCAAUGCUCAUUUUAGGUGCAAAUGUAGCAACAACACUAAGAGCCUCUCUUCACUCGUCAGUCGACGAAAAUGAAUCCUCACUUCCCCUGUCUCAACGACUGAAAAAAUUCCUUAAUAUUUUAUAUUUAUUGAGGUGGUUCAGAAAAAAGUUUAUUAAUUUUAAUAAUCCUCUCGCAUUAUUAAUAAGUAUUGUGGUAAAGCUGGCAGUCAUGCCGCUAUGUGGCGUUGGGGUUGUUUAUUUAGGAACUGUUGUUUGGAAAAUUUUCCCUCCUGAUCCAAUUCUUGUUCUUACCAUUUUAGUUGAAUUUUCUGUACCUAUGGCGAUGGCAACCACCACCCUUAGUUCCAUUAACGGCGACUUUGGACAGAAAAUUAUUUGCGAGAACUUACUUUUCAAUUAUCUUUUAGCUCCUUUAUCCAUGUCUCUGUAUUGUUGGUGGUUUUUAAAUCUUUGUUGUCAAUUUACUGGUUGUCUGUGA